CUGUCCCCAAAAACAAACCAACAAAAACAGUUCCAGCAACAGCCUGCAUUUGACUUCAUUCUCCCUCCUGAAAAGCCAGCACCUGGACUUUAAAGAAACCUGAUGAAAUUCUCAGGUACGAGGGAGGGCUGGAGAAAAGGCUCCAUGCUCAAAAACGCUUGCUGCUUUUGCAGAGGGCCCAGGUUCAGUUUCCAGCACCCACAUGGCAGCUCACAACUCUCUGUAACUCCGGUUCCAGGGGACCUGAUGCUCUCUUGUGUCUUCUAUUGGUACCAGGCACAGAGGUGGCACACGUACAUACAUGUAGGCCGUCACUUGAACACCAAAAAUAAAAACAAAUGCAUUUUUUAAAUUCUCAGAGAUAGUAGAUGAGCUAUCUCACUUCCCUGAGCCUGGGGGGUUGGUCUUGAAUUUGGGUGUGUGUGUGUGUGUGUGUGUGUGUGUUUAGAUAAGAUCUCGGGACUUGGCCCAGGCUGACCUUGAACUUACUGUGUGCCCCUGACUGGCCUCAAGCUCACAGCAAGACCUGUCUCACAGUCCCUCAUACUGGGAUCACACCACAACGGCAGGGUCUCUCCCUUUCUGUCUUUGAUCUGCUCGCUUUCAACAUUCCCUGGUCAUUCCUCCAGUGCUUCAGGUGUUACUCAGCUCCACUGUCAUGGAGGGAAGACUCGGGGGGCGGUGUCCCUUAGGAAGAGAUGGUUUCAGCCAAUGCUCCAGGAUGGAAGAGUGGCCUAACUGGGGGGCACCUGAGAGAUGAGAAUCUCGGCCCCACCCCAACCUUGAGAUCAAAACCUACAAUCUGACAGCUGCACGUUGUGUCGAUAUUUGUACACAUUAAACCUGGUGCCAACGGACUGAGCUCCAUUUAGGCUAAAUGCUCAAGGGCUCACCUGAGUUAACUGCAUGAUGUAACAGAUAAAAUAACACCUAGUUGUUAGUGAGGACAGGGCUAGAAGGGUAGUCUUGGCGGGGAGUGGGAGCCAAAACCAUUGUUCUGGACAGUAAGUUGACACGGGAGGCUGUGUGCACCUGACUCAAAUUCUAUUCAGAUGGAUAAAAAUUUCUCAAUAAACCAGAGCAGGUCAGGUGUGGUGGUGCCUCACCUUUAAUCCCAGUACUCAGGAGGCAGAGGCAGGCAGAUCUAUGUGAAUUUGAGGCCAGUUUGGUCUACGUAACAAGAAUUCCAGACCAGUCAGAGAUUCAUUUUAAAAAAAAACAAGUGCUGAUUGAGAGGCCUUUGUAUGGCUCGGCAGGUAAAGGCACUUGCCACCAAGACUGAUGACCUGAGUGUGAUCCUCAGGACCCACAUGGUUGAUGACGAUCUGAUUCCUGCAAGUCAUCAUCUGAUCACUACACAUAAGCCACGGUACAUGAGCAAACACACGGUAGGUAGGUAGAUAGAUGGAUGGAUAGAUAAUAGAGAGAUAAAGAGAGAGAUGAUAGAUAGAUUAUAGAUAGGUAGAGAGAGAGAUGGUAGGUAAGCAUUUUUAAAGUACUGAUUGAGUUCUCCCUCUUAAAAACAGGUGAUGUCAUGGUCUUGGAGGCAGAUGUCACUGUAGAAGGAUUCACUACAGUCAAUGAGACUGGGGUGCCCAUUAUGGCCCACCCUCCAGCCAUCUACAGUGACAAUACCCUGCAGCAGUGGCUGGAAGCUGUACUGGCCUCGUCUCAGAAGGGCAUCAAACUGGACUUCAAGAGCCUCAAGGCUGUGGGGCCCUCCCUGGACCUCCUCCGGCAGCUGACUGAGGCUGGCAGGAUUCGGAGACCGGUGUGGAUCAAUGCUGACAUCCUGAGGGGCCCCAAUGUGCCUCUCUCGGUUGAGAUCAACGCUACACAGUUCCUGGCGCUUGUCCAGGAGAAGUACCCAGAGGUCACCAUUUCUCCGGGCUUCACCACUCUUUAUGUGCCUCAGUUGCCGAACAGCACAUACACCCAAGCCAUGGUGGAGAAAAUGCAGGAGCUGGUGGGAGCGCUGCCCCAGAGAGUCACCUUCCCGGUUCGGGCUUUCAUGGCUCGGGCUGCCUGGCCCCACUUCAGCUGGCUCCUGGGCCAAUCCGAGAGGUACAGCCUGACACUGUGGCAGGGUGCUUCGGAUCCUGUGUCGGUAGACGAUCUCCUCUUCAUCCGGGACAACAGUGCCACCCACCAAAUCUACUAUGACCUCUUUGAGCCUGUCUUGUCGCAGUUCAAGCAGCUGGCCCUGAACACCACCCGGAAGCGAAACUACUACACAGGUGGCAGCCUGAUCCCUCUUCUCCAGCCACCCAGGGGUGAUGGUCUAGAGGUAGAGUGGCUGGUUCUAGAAGUGAACGGCAGCGGGAGAACAGCAGCCGUUACUGUCCCUGACAGAGAAGGCAUGAUCCUGCUGGAUAUUGGCCUGCAGGAACCGGAAGCUGGGACCCCUGUGCCCAUCCUGCAUGCCCCAGGUGGUUCCGUUCCGACGCUGGAGUCUUGUCUGCGGCAGCUGGCUGUUCACCCCAGGCGCUGGGGCAUCCACGUGAACAUAGUGGAUCCUGCAGCUCUCCGGCCAUCCCUGGCCACGCUGGCACACCUCUCCACCCUUGGCCAGCUGCCCUGGCCUGUGUGGGUGGGGGCCACAAUCUCACAUGGUAAUUUUGUGGUCCCUGGCCAUGUGGCCGGCAGAGAGCUGCUUACAGCUGUGGCUGAAAUAUUCCCCCAUGUGACCGUGGCACCAGGCUGGCCUGAAGAGGUGCUGGGCAGUGGCUAUCAGGAGCAGAUGGUCACAGAUAUGCUGGAGCUGUGUCAGGGACUCCGGCAACCUGUGUCCUUCCAGCUGCAGGCCGGGCCACUGGGCCGGAGCACAGCCAAAACUGUGGCCAGGCUACUGGCCGCCUCCCCUCAAGUCACUCUGACUGUACACCACAGCAAGCCUGGGAACAGCUGUGCAGAUGUGUGGGCUGGCUUGUGGGUGGCCAGGGCCAUGGACAGGACCCGAGUCUAUUACAGGAUACCCGAGGAGUGCCGAGAAGACUUGCUGGCAGAUGUGAGCAGGAACUGACCACCCAGUAGGACUGGACCAUCUAAUGUGGAAGGCUUCCCUGGGGAGUCAGGGUGA